AUGGGGUCCGAUUCAAGUAAAUCAAAAAAACGUGCAACAACAUUAACUGAAGAAGAAAUUCAAUUAUUAUUAAAAAAUACACAUUUUAAUCGUCAACAAAUUAAUGAAUGGCAUGCAGGAUUUUUAAAAGAUUGUUCAAAAGGUAAAUUAGACAAGAAGAAAUUUAUUGAAGUAUACAAACAAUUUUAUCCAACGGGAAAAGCGGAUAAAUUUUGUAGUCAUGUGUUUAAGACAUUUGAUACAGAUAACAGUGGAGAAAUUGAUUUCGUUGAAUUUUUAAUUGCCAUCUCUGUAACAUCUCAUGGUGAUAUUAAAGAGAAGCUAAAUAUGGCAUUCAAUAUGUAUGAUAUUGACAAAAAUGGAAAAGUCGAUGCAAAAGAAAUGGAACAAAUUGUGACGGCUAUUUACGAUUUACUUGGCGAAGAGAAUCGUAAAGGUGAAAAUUCACCAUCGAAACGUGUAGAAAAAAUCAUGACUAAAUUAGAUUUAAAUGGUGAUAGAACAUUAACAAAAGAUGAAUUUAUUAAUGGAUGUUUACAAGAUGAUUUUUUGAAAAAUUUAUUAGCACCAAAUGCUUAG